UAAAAGUGCAAGUUACGGUGACAUGCAUGUCACCAUAGGCAUACCCUCAAUUUUAAUAUGACAUUUCAAUUAUUUGUAUUGUCAUUCUAUAACUUUUGUAAAUGUGUUAUUCAAAAUUGUGCGAAGAUUAAUAUAUUCCAUAUUCGUACGCUUUAUCAUGUAACUUAUAGUUGCAAACUGUUCUUUUCAUUAGUAGCAUUAAAAUAGUUUAAUUUGUAACCACUCCCGCAUGAUUAGUCUACACAAUAAAUAAAAGCCAAAUGAGAAAAUUUGAAGCCCCAUUUCAAAUUUCCUGCAUCCAGAGUGAAAGUAUGAAGGACUGCAUCCAGAGUGAAAGUAGGAAGGACAUUUUGGUCUUCACAAUUACUUUUUUUUAUUCAUUAAAAAGACACUUACUAGGAUUCGAACCAUGACCACUUUAAAGAAAAGCAAAGAUCAUAACCAAUCACACUAAGUACAUUUGUUGUAUCUUCUCCCAUUUCAAAUUCCCUGCUCCAGGAGCGUUUGUAGGAAGGGUAGAAUAGGGAGUGUCAAAAAAAAUUACCUCUGUGGAACGAGCCAACUUACCAUACACAUUCGGAUUUAAACGGGUCCAGGAGUGUCAAUUUUUUUCUUUAAGUCCUUUUAUUUCUCCGUGGUGGUAAAAUAUAUAUGAAAAGGCAAAAGCAAUACUCCUUUUUUAUUGCUAAAAAGAAAAAAAAUUAACAAUAAAUUAAUGCAUGGAUUCUAAUGGGCUAACCGCUAAUCAUAAAAUAAAAGAGUUGAAUGGGCCUGACCUACACGGGAUUUGCCCAUCAAGUAAAACAAAUGAACAUCAUGGGUUUGUCAUUCUAAAACAAGCUAUUUUCUCUAGAAUAAUAUAUAUUAUGCUAUUAUUUUAUAUCUUAGUGGCUAAAAUAUAAUGUAUUUUAAAGUUAUUCAAUGGUUCAACCUCGACCAACCCAAUUAGUCCAAUUUUUAUCAUUUUAAAUAUAUAUUAUGUUAUUAUUUGAUAUCAUAAUGAUUAAAUUAUAUUGUAUAUUAUAGGGAAUUGUUUGGUAUUUGUUAGUAAAAAACUAAACAUAAAGAUCUAUUUAGUUAUUUUUAACAUUAAAACGAUCCUAAACAUUUUCAGUUUCCUUUCGAAAUUCUAUAGUUUUAUUCCGGAAUCAGUGAUGUGCAAAUGGCGAAUUGCAGUCAUCUCUUUUCUUUCAUUAUUUUUUAUUUUCAAAUAGAAAGUUUAAAAGUAAAGAAUAAUUAGAGUUUGACAUGGGUCGGUCAAACAAGCUGAAUUUCAAGUUUUGGCCCAUUUUGAUCAAGUCUAAUUUAUAAUCACAUGGUUCCUUGAUACCCGAUAAAAAUCUCAAUCCAAACCAGUUUGGCAGGUGAGUCCGUGUUUACCACCAUUUUCUAGGGAUACAGGAACGGUGGUUCCUAUCCCAAAUCGUGUUGUUCAUUCUUGAUUUCUUUAGAUUUUAUCAUGGCUUAGCAAAAAACCAGAAAAUUUCUUUAGAUUUUAUCAUGGCUUAUCAAAAAACCAGAAAACACAAUGAUGAUAAGAUGAAAGUUUUAUAAAGCAAAUCAAUCGGCCAACGGGCCGAGUAAAAGCUAGCAACGAUUGUGAGAUGCUCAUUUCCCGAAAACCGGCGGGAUAGACUAUUUUUUAUUCGAUUUUCUGGAAUUCGAUUUCUGUAAAACUUACUCCACUCCACCUCAUCAUAUUACCAGAAACAAUAUUGCUUCACAAGGUAACAGGUACUUGAUUUUGGUUCAUAAGGCUGAUUUUUGAUUCGUUGCAUCAUUCAUGUCUCUUUCCUACUAAAAUUCACUAUUUUUAUCACGUGUUUCCAAAAAAAAAAAACUAUAAAACAAUAAGCUAUACACCCCAUUACAUUAUCAAAUUUCAUACCUCACCUUCCUCCGACCAAAUGGCCGGGGGGCCACACUAGUUGUAUUUGUAAACGCAUCAUCAUGCUCACUCACUUGAUGAUAGUCGACAUGCUUAUGUGUAUUAACCCAAAACUUUUGUGUGAUCGUAAAAAUUGAUUAGGUUGUACGGGUUAAACCACGAAUUUAGCCUUUCAAUAAAAUAUCCUCCUGUUUGGGUCAUAAAAUUUAAAACUUGAAUUUUUAUUUACUAACAUGUACAAAUUCUUAUAUGAACAACCACAAACAUCUGAAUUAAAAUGUCUUUGGUUCAAAAUAUUCAUAAAAAUGGGAAAAUGCCAAUUUAGAUUUAGUUAUAGUAAUAACUAAUAAUUAAUAACAUAAUAUAUCCUAGCCCAUCAUGCCACAGGCGCACCCCUCUGGCCUCUAUUUCGGUUUUUCUUUAAAUUGGUUAAUUAAAACUUAAAAUUGUAAAAGGAAAUGAAAAAGAGAAUGAGGGGAAUCAUUUAUAUAGUUUUUUCGGGGUAAAAUAUCUCGGGUGCCACUUAAGUUUGAGAAUUGGAGUUGGUAUACCACUUAAGUUUGAAUAUGGCGUCGGGUACCAUUUAAUUCUAUUAUAUGUGCACCGGGUACAACUUAAGUUUACUGUUAAGUGCAUUCCGUUAAAGUUGACAAAAUAUUUUUGGAAUAUUCUGUUUUCUAAAUUUCAUAAUUGGUCCUUCUAUUUUUCUUAUUGUAAAAAAUCAUUUGGACUUAUGAAAAAUAUAAUUUUUUAUUGUUUAUUUAGAAUCCUCUUUUGAAUAUUUCAUACCAAACCAAUUUUUGAAUAGAAAUUUUAGAACCAAUUAUCAUUAUAAUUAUUUUCAAUAAUGUUCUAAAAAAUUGAAUUAUUUCAUGAAUGUUGUAACUUUUAUAGUCACAUUUUCUUUUCUACAUUUUUUACUGAAUGUUGUAACUUUUAUAUUUUGGUUAUUACUUGGUUAUUUUUCAUUUCUUUUUUUUUUCUUAAUUUUUUCAAUUAGUGAAAUAUGUGUAAUUCUUUCUGAUUGUGUUCCAUUUAUUCUUUUUUAUUUUGAUGUAUUGAUGAUCGAUUAGGUUCUAUUUUAACUAUUUUGUUUUGGUGAAGCUAUUUUAACUAUUUCUAAUGGCGUUUCUAAUUGAAUUAGGGGUUUUAAAUAGAUAUUCUAAUAUUUAUUUUACCAUAUUUAUUAUUACAUUUUACCAUAUUUAUUAUUCUUCUUGAUAUUUGUUUACUAUUUUUACUAAUUUAUCUAUUUUAUUGAAAAUAUUUGAUUAGUCAAUCUAGUAAUAAUAUGUUUAGAAGAUUUUCUAAUUAUUAUAUUAGAUAAAACUUGUUGAAAUAUAGUUUUGCAUAUUUUUUAAAGUUUUGGGUAUCAAAAAGUAAUUAAAAGUUUGGGUUGGAUAGAAAAGUAGACGGAUGUACAUUUUGGCAACUUUAAUGGUACCCGACGCCUUAUUCAAAAUUAAGUGGAAUGUCUACCCCAAUUUUCAAACUUAAGUGGUACCCGAGGUAUUUUACCCAAUUUUUUCGGCAAGCGUUGCAAUCUUUCGGGGUUUUGGAAAACAAAAACGGGAAACAUUUGUCUUUUAGUGAUGCUGACAUGAUGCAUAAUUUUAGUUUAAGACUUAUGUGGCAGGGGUCUAUAUCUUAAAGCCUUUUAAUAUUUUUAUAGAUAGAUAGAAGAUAGAUUAACUUAUAAAUUAGUUUGUCAAUUUAGAAAUUUAUUUUUCAAAAUCUUCAAAUUUAAAAACUAACUUCAUCUCCGCUUCCUCCCCAACACCAUCCACUUUCUCAUGAAAAGAGUCGAUCGUUGUGGGAGUACGGAAAAUGAUCUUGUAGCUCUCUUGGCUUCUUCUCAAUUCUCAUACGGUGGAAUUAGGGUUGCGUGGUUGGUAUUCUGUCAUUGGGGUUCUUGGAUUAGAACUUCGGGAUCGGGGUUUGUGAGUGGGGUUGUGUAAGAAAUACGGUUGUUCGGACACAUGCGAUUUUGUGACAAUAUACGAUAGAGGGGAUUUAGGAAUUGUGAAGAUGAAUUAGGAAUUUAAAAGAGAAAUCAUACAAUUGAGAAUUGAGGAUUGAAGAAUAACAUGAUAGAACGACUAGGGAGAAUAGAUGGGAUUGCAGAGGAUUGAGAAGAGAAAUUAGAGUUAGGGAAAUGCUAUUCUUAUUAAUCUAUGUUUGAUACUGACAUAAUAACAUAAGUACAUAUUUAUAUAAAAAUAUUGGAGAAACUAAUUGACGCGGCGCAACUGGAGGACAAAGUCAAGGAAGCAGCUCGGUUGGAGAGGGAGCUGACGCCGCAAGCAUGAGCCGACUUGCAUUGCUGGACGUUUACUAUUCAUUAUGUUUUUAGUAUAAGGUUUUGCUAUUCAUUAUGUUUCAGUAUAAGGUUUUGAUUUUUGUUGUUUUCAUAAUCCUUUUCGGAAGGGAUUAGUCGGUCUAUUUAUAGGCAGCAUGUAAACGUAAGGGAAUUUUUUUUUUUUUUUUUUUGAGCUUUUAUCAAAUCAUUGAGACCUUUGGGUUUUGUCCAGUGGAUUCUGGUUUCUUGAGCACGAGUUUGCCGCUUGCAAGCUCCUGCGAUCUCGGAUUCAGCGUUUGCUAAUCCUUUGAGUGUUUUCCGACUGCGUCAGGUGGUAUCAGAGCAAGGCUUUUCCUUGUCUCUUUUCGAACUUCAUCAAUCAUGGGAGACCAACCGGUCACGCGAGGAGACAUCGAGGGUAUCACCGCGGCUUUUACCACGGCCCUUGCUGCUUUGACGACUCAAGUAACAACAUUAGCAACGCAGGUAAAUGCCAUCCAUGCGGGAAGGAAUAGGGACAGAAGGAAUCAACAGCAGAGGCGACCGCGAGGCGGCAUUCACGGCCAAGCCGAUUCCGACUCUAGUUCGGAGGAGGAGGUCCGGGACGAUGAGGAAGAUGAUGAUCAUCAGCGUGAUCGCAAUGAUUAUCGAGUCAAAGCGGAUAUUCCGUUGUUCCAUGGGACUAUGGGCGUUGAGGAGUUUCUAGACUGGCAGAUUGAGGUCGAUAGGUUUUUCGACGUAAUGGAGGUACCUGAGCCCAAGCAAGUCAAGAUGGUGGCGGUACGCUUGAAGAGCACAGCUGCAGUAUGGUGGGAUAAACUCGUCGUGCAGAGACAACGACAAAGAAAGGCCCCGAUAAGAACCUGGAGGCGAAUGAGGCAGUUGAUGCUUGAACGUUUCCUCCCGGAGGAUUAUGAACAAAUUCUUUACAAGAUGUAUAUCGACUGUGUUCAGGGGAGGAGGAGCGUCACUGAGUACACCGCCGAAUUCCUGCGUUUUUCGGAACGCAACGAGCUGAGGGAGACAGAGAACCAAAAGGUCGCCCGUUACAUCAAUGGUUUGAAGGGUUCAAUCCAAGAAAAGAUCGGGUUACAAACCGUUUGGACGGUGACGGAAGCCUCCACACUGGCAUUAAAGGCAGAACUAAUGGAGAAAUCGCCCAGGAACUUUGCGCCCUUCCGUCGCUUUCCUUCGCCAGGGCAAUCCGAAGCAUUGAUGGAGAAGGAUAAAGGGAGUAAUCCCAAAGAAAUCCAUCCCGCCGCUAAGGGACCUCACGACCCUGGGAGCUCCAACGCUAGCAGGGGUCCAGCCCCAAAAGCUGGUAAUCCAUACGCCAGGCCAACGGGGGAUAAGUGUUAUCGAUGUGGAGGCCAGAGCCAUCGAUCGAAUGUGUGUCCGUCAAGAAAGAUGGUUGCGGUGAUGGAGGAGAACCCAAAGAACGUUGAGGGUCACACCGAAGACGAAGAGUCCGACGAGUAUGAUGGGGUCGAGUUCGCGGAGGAAGAGUCCAAGGACGUCGUGAAUAUCGUCCUACGGCGAGUCCUCCUGACAGGGGCUGACGAGGGCCAACGCAAGAAUCUCUUUCGUACGCAUUGCUCCAUCAACAACAAGGUAUGUAACCUCAUCGUGGACAACAUGAGCACAGAAAAUCUAAUUUCUCAAAAACUGGUUGCGUAUCUGGAGCUGCCAACUGAACCACAUCCGCAACCGUAUGCAUUGGGUUGGGUAAGCAAAGGCCCUCAGGUUAAGGUAACGCAGACCUGCAAAGUUCCUAUUUCUAUUGGGAAGCAUUACCAAGAGGUGGUGGCUUGUGAUGUACUGAGCAUGGACGUAUGCCAUGUACUUCUAGGGCGUCCAUGGCAAUUUGAUAAUGACGUUACCUAUAGAGGAAGAGAUAAUGUGAUAGUAUUUACCUGGAAGUCGCAUAAAAUAGCAAUGGCACCUGUGUCCGGCCCGGCCAAGCCGCUGGGGAAGGCGAAAUCCAACUUUAUUACGUUGGCCCAGGAUGAUGAAGACUUGCAGAUGGCACUUCGGGAGUCCGAGUGGGUGUGCCCAAUUGUAGUCAAGGGGCUGCUGAGCUCAUCGCAACCUACUGAGCAGGUUAUCCCCGCAGAAGUACAAGAGAUACUAGGGGAUUUCAAAGAGUUGAUUUCAGACGAGCUGCCGAGCACGUUACCACCGAUGCGAGACAUACAACAUCACAUUGACCUGAUCCCAGGAUCCAGUUUGCCGAACCUACCACAUUAUCGCAUGAGCCCUAAAGAAAAUGAAAUUCUCCGUGAACAGAUCGAGGAUGUCCUCAAGAAAGGCUUUAUCAGGGAAAGUAUGAGUCCAUGUGCCGUUCCCGCCCUGUUAGUCCCAAAGAAAGGCAAUCAAUGGCGCAUGUGCGUGGACAGCCGGGCCAUCAACAAGAUUACCAUCAAGUACAGGUUUCCCAUUCCCCGCUUGGAAGAUAUGCUCGAUGAACUGUCCGGGUCAAAGGUCUUCUCAAAGAUUGAUUUAAGAAGCGGGUAUCAUCAGAUUCGGAUUCGACCGGGAGAUGAGUGGAAAACCGCGUUCAAGAGUAAGGAUGGUCUCUACGAAUGGCUCGUCAUGCCUUUCGGCUUAUCGAACGCUCCCAGUACUUUCAUGCGGCUCAUGAAUCAGGUUCUACGUCCUUUUAUUGGAUCUUUCGUAGUGGUUUACUUUGAUGACAUUUUGAUUUACAGUAAGACCAAGGAGGAACACCUCGAGCAGCUGCGGCAAGUACUCCAAGUGCUCCAUGAGAACAAGCUAUACGUCAAUCUCAAGAAGUGUACGUUCUACACGGAUCAGUUGUUGUUCCUAGGAUUCGUUGUGGGAGAACACGGGGUACAGGUGGACGAGGACAAGGUCCAUGCCAUCCGAAGUUGGCCUGCCCCCACAACCGUGUCGGAAGUUCGUAGCUUCCACGGGUUGGCUACUUUUUACCGCCGUUUUGUCCGCAAUUUUAGCACCAUCGCUGCGCCCAUCACCGAAUGUUUGAAGAAAGGGAAAUUCGUUUGGGGUCCCGAGCAAGAACGAAGCUUCACUUUGAUCAAAGAGAAGCUUUGCACAGCCCCCGUCCUCGCACUGCCCGACUUUGACAAGCUCUUUCAGGUAGAGUGCGACGCCAGCGGAGUCGGCGUAGGUGCUGUUCUAUCACAGGAAAAGCGACCAAUAGCUUUCUUUAGCGAGAAACUCAGCGAUGCUAGACAAAAGUGGAGCACGUACGACCAGGAGUUCUAUGCGGUCUUUCGGGCACUUCGCCAAUGGGAACAUUAUCUAAUCCAGCGUGAGUUCAUCUUAUUCACCGACCACCUUGCUUUGAAGUUUCUGCACAGCCAAAAGGUGAUUAACAAGAUGCAUGCCCGCUGGGUCAGCUAUCUCCAGAAGUUUCCUAUCAUAAUCCAGCACAAGUCUGGCAUCCAGAACAAGGUCGCAGAUGCCCUGAGUCGGCGCGCAUCUUUGUUGGUUACUCUGGCCCAAGAAAUUGUCGGGUUUGAGGUGCUUAGGGACCAGUACGCCACCAACCCCGAUUUCGGAGAACUGUGGUUUAAAUGCACUCAUCAGCACCCCAGCGCAGAUUUUCACGUCCGCGACGGCUAUUUAUUCAAAGGAGACCGUCUCUGCAUCCCGAAUUCUUCACUACGGGAACAACUCAUUCGUGAGCUCCAUGGCGGCGGCCUCAGCGGUCAUUUGGGACGUGACAAGACCAUCGCCAGCUUAGAGACACGGUUCUACUGGCCUCAUCUGCGACGUGACGCAGGUACCAUUGUACGGAGAUGUUUCGUAUGUCAAACCUCGAAAGGCCAAUCCCAGAACACCGGUCUUUAUAUGCCUUUGCCGAUUCCUGAAGAUAUUUGGCUGGAUCUCUCGAUGGACUUUGUUUUGGGUUUACCCCGCACACCACGAGGCGUGGAUUCUGUCUUUGUUGUUGUCGAUCGAUUUUCCAAAAUGACCCACUUUAUUGCAUGCAGGAAAACAGCCGAUGCCUCUAACGUCGCCAAACUGUUUUUCAAAGAGAUUGUCCGCCUGCAUGGUGUCCCUGUCUCGAUCACUUCUGACCGCGACACCAAGUUCCUCAGUCACUUCUGGAUUACUCUCUGGCGGUUAUAUGGGACUGCCCUGAACCGGAGUUCCACAGCGCAUCCCCAGACUGACGGCCAGACGGAGGUUACUAAUCGCACUUUGGGUAACAUGAUCCGAAGUCUUUGCGGCGAUAAACCUCGACAGUGGGACCUAUUCUUACCUCAGGCCGAGUUUGCUUACAACACGGCCGUCCACUCGGCUACAGGCAAGUCCCCGUUCUCUAUUGUCUACACGUCCCCCCCUCGGCAUGUGGUGGACUUGAUUCCCCUACCCCCGGCUUCGGUCGCGAGCAAGGCCGCCAUCGAUAUGGUUCACGAUUUCCAGGCUGUCAAACAAGAAGUCCGCACCAAGUUGGAGGCCGUAGGCCAAAAGAAUAAAGCUGCUGCCGAUAUUCAUUGCCGUUCUAAAGUCUUUGCUGUCGGUGAUGAAGUGAUGGUGUUUCUACGCAAGGACCGAUUUCCUGUGGGUACGUAUGCCAAGCUGAAGCCCCGCAAAUAUGGUCCUUUCAAAGUGUUGCGGAAGAUUAAUGAUAACGCUUAUGUCGUCGACCUGCCCGCCGACAUGAUUAUCUCCAACACCUUCAAUGUGGCUGACCUGUACGCAUUUCAUGAUGAUAUUCCCCUAUAUCCCGAUAUGAACUCGAGGUCGAGUUCUUUACAGGUGGAGGAGACUGACGCGGCGCAACUAGAGGACAAAGUCAAGGAAGCAGCUCGGUUGGAGAGGGAGCUGACGCCGCAAGCAUGAGCCGACUUGCAUUGCUGGACGUUUACUAUUCAUUAUGUUUUUAGUAUAAGGUUUUGCUAUUCAUUAUGUUUCAGUAUAAGGUUUUGAUUUUUGUUGUUUUCAUAAUCCUUUUCGGAAGGGAUUAGUCGGUCUAUUUAUAGGCAGCAUGUAAACGUAAGGGAAAUUAAUUUUUUUUUUGAGCUUUUAUCAAAUCAUUGAGACCUUUGGGUUUUGCCCAGUGGAUUCUGGUUUCUUGAGCACGAGUUUGCCGCUUGCAAGCUCCUGCGAUCUCGGAUUCAGCGUUUGCUAAUCCUUUGAGUGUUUUCCGACUGCGUCACUAAUAACCAUAAAACUAGUAUCACUUAUAAUUCAAUAGUAUGUUUCUAACAGGUUGUAGACUUGUAGUGAUGGAGGUUUUGAGAUUGGAGUUCCAAGGAUGGUGUUCUGGGGUUGGGAUUUUGCUAUGUAAGGAAGUGGUUAAGUAUCAUACAUGAACCUCUCCCAACAACUCGAGUUAUUGGGACCAGUUGGUUUAUGACACUUUGGGAUCAAAUAAAGCUUGCGAUUGAGAUCGUGGCGAUUGAGUUUUUGGGAUUGGAGUUCCAGAGUUAGCAAUCCGUGGUUGGGAUUUUGGGAUCGGAGUCUGCGAUUCGAGUUUUGGCAUUGAGUUAUGGGGAUGGGGUUUUGAGAUUGGGAGUUCUGGGGAUGAACUGGGAUGAGAGACGAUGAAGAAGAGGAAAAUUUAAUUCCUCUAGUGAAAAUUCAUCCCUCCAAACAAGCGAUAUGGUUCAAUAAGAUUCAUAUAUGGAGGCAUUAGCAUGGAGAUGAUAAUAAGCAUUCAGUCAAAAGUUUUGCUAGUUUGUUACAAAUUAGGUGUCUCGAGAGGUUGCAAUGGACAUGAAAUGGUUCAAUUCGUAGGUGUUGAUGUGACUUGAAUCGGACUAUCAGCCGCUAUGACUGGUAAUCGGGGAUCAGCGAGUGGGGUCCAGGGGCAACGCCCCCGACCCACGAUGUAUGGGCUCAAUGUUAUUUGGGUUCGGGUUCUGGGCCUGGUCUGUAACUAUUUCCUUUGCCAUAUUGGAUUAGGUUUAGACCCACAUGGAGAAGUACUAUAAAUAUUUCUCAUACUCCUCUCUAAUCUGUAAUCUCCUCGAUAUAGUGAAACUGGCUCUCUCUCGCCCGUGGACGUAGCUAACACACAUCGUGUUAGUGAACCACGUAAAUCGUGUGUCUGUGUUUUUCAAUUCUCGCUUUCGUAUUCUUGCUUUAUCGAUUCCGACGAUUUCCCGAUCCGUAGCAGCGCGUUUAUAACAGUAGGGUAAUUUGACCUAGUUAUCAUGCUUGUAUGGGUGUUGGAUAGGACCCAAAUGGAUACAAAUAGGCUUUUAAUAAUUUGGGUCUUGAUUUGAACUUGGUCAAAUUUGGGUCAGACCCUAAAAGGUAUUAUAUUUAGGUACAGAUCAAUGUACAUUAAAAAAUAAUAAUAUUGACAAUCUUAAUAAUUGUUUCAACUCAAUUACACCUCUGGUGUUGUUGUUUCCACCGUUAUGUCUGUUUCAUAACGAAGAUAAGGCAAAACUUGCAUCAAAAUCGAGGGUUAUUUUGUCUCAAUAAUACGGGUCCAAUUUAGACCUAAACCAAAAAGUUGACUACGAAUCCGCCUAAAAAAUAAAGUUACACAAAACUU